UGUUUGGGGCAGCAAGAGCCAAAUUUUGGUGAUCCGAUUGAAUGAAUUAUGGAUGGGUUGGUGGUAUUAUGUUAUGUAGUACAAGAACAGCAGCAGAAGAGCAGUGAUGAAAUCACAGAUUUUUAAGACCUCCUUUCUGACCAAACACUGCCACCCCUUACCACUGCCAUCAUUCAUCAUCACCCAGUCCUAUAGGGCCAGAAUGAAUUCCUCUUCCCUAUAGCCCAACCCUUAAUUAAUACUAACUGUACUCUACUCUACCCUCUCUCUCUCUCUCUCCCUUUUUUGUCUGGACCUGUGUGUUGAGAUUUGGAAAAUUUGCUGGAAAUGUUGUGAGAGGACACCUCCUUCAGUUGGGUUGUUUCCUAAGCCAAGUGGGUAUUAACCAACUCAUCCAACUGUAUUGUUGUUCCAGUUUGGUUAAUGCAUAAAGGGUCUCAUCUCAUUUCAACAUAAAGGCAAAAAAGAAAGCAUUUUGAGAGAAGAGAGAAAGUAAGAGAGAGAGAGAGACAGAGAGAAAAGAGAUGGGUUAGGGUGAAAACUGAAAAGGAGUUUGCAAUUGCAUAACAACAACAUUCUCUAGAGAGACUAGUCUAGUUUAGUUGAAGAGGGGUUGUUUAUUUUCUUUUUGUAUGUGGUGAUGGAAUUGGGGAAAUUGAAUGGCAGGAACUACUUUUGGAAGAAGCAGAAGCAAGUUUCAGAAGGGUGGCAGUUGCAGCAGCAGCAGCAGAAACAGAAACAAGAGAAGGAGAAGAGGUGUGAGAAGGAAUCAUCAUCAUCAAACCUCUAGAAAAAAGUGUGCUACUUGGGUAAAAGCUGGAAGAGGAAAAGCACAACCACAACAACAACAACAACAUCAAUCCUCUGACUCUGGAUCCUCACAGCAGCAAUCAUCAUCAACAACAACAGAAUCAUCAGAAUCAGCAGAAUCAGCAGCAGCAGCAUCAACAUCACCACCACCCUCAUCAUCUAAAUUCAAGCCAUGUAGCAGAAGAAGAAGGAGAAGACGAAGACGACCAAGAUUCUUCUCCUCCUUCAUCCCUCAACAAACCUCAUCUUCACCAUUUUCAUCAUCCUCAACACCAUCACCAAGACUCAACCUUCCAAACCCAACUCCAAUAUCUCCAGCAACACCAAAAUCAACAAGACCCUUAUGGUUUAGGAACAGAAUCUCUGCAGCAACCACCAAAGAAACGUUCCUUCCACCUUCCACCACCACACCCACCACCUCCUCCGCCUUCUUCUUCCACCGAAUAUGCAAGAAAGAUGGGAGAAACAACACAGCAGGACCAAACAGCAGCAGCAACAACCGCCACAAACACACCGCCAGCCUCUUCGAGGCUGGCAAUGAGAGGCUCCGGCGGCGGAGAGAUAGUGGAGGUGCAAGGAGGCCACAUUGUCCGGGCGACCGGAAGAAAAGACCGCCACAGCAAGGUUUGCACCGCCAAAGGUCCCCGGGACCGCCGCGUUCGCCUCUCGGCACACACCGCCAUUCAAUUCUACGACGUGCAGGACCGGUUGGGCUACGACCGACCCAGCAAGGCCGUCGACUGGCUCAUCAAGAAGGCGAAAACCGCCAUCGACGAACUCGCCGAGCUUCCCGCAUGGAACCCAACCACCGCGGGAACCUCCUCCUCUCAACCGCCACAAAAUCAGCAGCAACAGAACUUCAGCGAAAUGCUCCACCGCCACUCGCCGGUGGACGACCCGGUCAUCGCCUCCGGUAGCCGCAUGGUCACCGGAAGAAUCCCAGAACAACAGUUUCAUUCACAGCAGCAAUUGGGCAAUGAAGAUGAUGAAGGCGGAAACAACCACAACAACACCGCCACGAAAUACAAAUACACCGCCACUGCUGGUUCUGGUUUUCUUCAAGCGUCGUUGGAUAACGACAUUGCUGACACUAUUAAGUCUUUCUUUCCGGUUGAGACCGCCACUACGUCGUUUCAUAGCUACCCGCCACCGCCGGACUUGUUAUCGAGGACGGCGAGCGGCGGUGGCAGCAGCCAGCAAGAUCUGCGGCUUUCCCUACAGUCCUUUCAGGACCACCACCCCAUCAUGUUCAACCACCACCACCACCAGGGCCACCACGAGCCGGUUCUCUUCGCCGGAACCCCCGCUCUCAGCUUCGACGGUGGUUCCUCCGGUGGGUGGCCUGAGCAGCAGCAGCAGCAGCAAAACCACCACCACCAGAACCACCAGCAGCAGCAGCAACAGGAGGAGCAUGAGCAUGGUCGGCUUCAUAGGAUGGUGGCUUGGAAUGUUGAAGCUGCAGAAGCUGCUAACAGUGGCCACGGUGCUGGGUUCAUGUUCAGCGCGCCUGCGCCGGCGAUAAUUCCGGCGUCCGUGUUUAGUCAUGGCCAUCGCCAGUAUUUUUCUCAGAGGGGACCCCUUCAGUCCAGUAACACCCCUUCCAUUCGUGCUUGGAUAGACCCUACUUCCAUUACUGCGGCGAGCCUCGCCGAUCACCACCACUACCUCACCCCGGCGAUCCACCAGGCUUCUGUCUCCGGCGCAGCCGGUUUCUCUGCCUCCGGUGCCUUCUCCGGUUUUCGCAUACCAGCACGAAUUCAGGGUGAAGAGGAGCACGACGGUGUAUCUGACAAACCGUCCUCUGCUUCCUCUGAUUCUCGCCAUUGAUGAUUGAAAACACAUAAAUCCAAACUAUACUUCUCCAGGGCUUUCAUGGACUUAUCUUGAAGAUGAUUGGUGAAGAACAAGCAUGCUUUUGAAAGAUUAGGAUGAAAAAUUUUCAGCUGCAAUGGGAAUUCAAGAGCAACUCAGGUGUUUGGAUUUCAGAUGUUUCAACUUCAAUGGCAUAUCUAUAUGCUGUGGGAAUGAAGAAAAUCUAGUUUGAAUGCACAGGUUUUCCAAUCCCAGGCUAUUUAUCUGUUAAUUUAUGUUCCACUACCUAAGUUUUUCAAGCUUAGACUAGGACUAGGAGCACUGUGUUUGUUUGUUUUGUUUCAGCUAUGUUGUUGGAUUACUAUUACUAUGAUGUUUUCAUUUGUAACCACCAUUUGUGGUGGUCAUGACUUGUUUGUAUUUCUUCCAUUUCUAUGCUAGUUUCUAGUAGUGGUCUAGAAAAACAUUCUCAAAGAAUAACUAUUGCUAUUUGCUAGAA